AUGGAGCUGUACCAUUCAUUGCCCUUCUUCAGCUAUCUCUUGGGAAAGUGCUUCAAAAAAGGCCUGGUGGGGAAGGGGUGAGUAUCUUUAAAAGUUGACAUCCAGAAAAUGGUCCUGGAAUGCACUUAGGCAGGCUCGCCUUGGGAAUUUGUGCAUGUCAUUCAUUUCUCGAUUAAGCUUUUGGAGAAGGGAUUCAUGUCAUUAUAAUUCUUUACUCCCCCCCUCCCCCAGAAGAACAUUUUCUCCUAAGUCAUUAAAUAACAUACUAAAUAGUUUUAAGAGUGUCCAUAGUGUAUCAAAAUACACACGACUAUCUUUUCUCUUCAACACCUGUCAUUAGUUAAGCACAGGUCACAAAUGGACACCCAGAUUUAGAAGAUAAGAGUUUAGCAUAUCUUUUUUAACAUUUAACAGUUUUCUUAUCCCUGAUCUCUUCUCCUGUUAGCUAUCUCACGUUAGGUUAUUUAAUGUCUGUCGUUAUGCACGGUACUUUAAAAGUCAGCUUUAUUUUUUGAGAGCACACAAACAUUACUAUUUUCUUUCACAUGAGCACUUCUUCUUCAGGGCUUGGAUUAUUUUAAUUUUUUUUCUUACAGGCUGUUACUGUUAAUGAAACUCGGGUUUACCGUAGGUGUUUCUUUUGCUCUCUGUUGGCUCCCGUUUUGUACAGACGUUGAACAAAUUUUGCAAGUGUUCAGAAGGCUCUUCCCAGUUGAUCGAGGUUUGUUCGAGGUAUGCCUCAUCUUCCCUGCCCUGCCCCCUUACAAGCUUCUUGUAAAUGUUUUAUAUUUUUAGCUCCCUUGAGAAACCUUCACUUUGACCCUUAGGGAUUUCAUGUGGAAGAUACACCAGAAGGCUAGUAAUAUGAUCUGGCUUCUCUGACCGUCAUUUCUUGCCAGUUAUUUAAUCCAGCGUUUAACCCCUAGCUCAGCUGGCAUCUUCCAGGAUAUUAUAUGAGUAGACAACAUUUAUCCCAUCGUCAGAUCUAUAGCUCAGACGUACAUUUUUCCGUUUGACCAGAUUCCAUAGUAAUUAACAGCGUCCUUGCUCAAUCUUAUCUAGAGGGUCUAAAAAAAUGAAUACAUACUGGAUUCUCUUUUUUUUACUGUUCUAAAAUAGUCAUUGGACUGAUGCUAAAAUGUUACAUGCUUUAGAAGGCAUUGAGAUUCCUGAUUUGCUGUGUUGGAAAGUGCCAUCUUGCUUUGCUAAAGUAAGGCCUAAAGGUGUUGAGCAUAAAGUAUAUGAUUUUAUUACAGAUAUGACUUAUAUUAAGUGGUUUGCACCAGUGAGAGGGUGUGGGGAAGAGAGAGUGAGAAAUAGUGAUACAACUCAUCAGUGGACUUACUUCUGAAAACCAUUAACAUCCCUGGUAGUGGUGCUGGCACAUUGGUAGAAAAAUUUAGGCUCACUUGUAUGUUGACAUUUUACACGAAGUGUGAGGUAUAUAGAAAUUCACAAGCCAAAGAACUGUCAAGUAAUUUGGUGUGUUUACAUGUGUAUUUUUAGGGAGGCAAUAUAUGUAUUUUUUUGAUCCACAUUGCUAGGUUUCACUGAUGUUUUAUAAUGAAGAAACUUCACACGAUUUUAUCCAGGAUAGCUCAGGGAUUUUUGAUCUAAUGUUAGCUGAAAUGUUUUCUGAGCUGAGCAGAGGAGUGACUGAUUUGGAUAUUAAUCUGGAUAAACUGAGAAACUGUCUACGUAAGCAGUGCACAGUAAGUUUAUACUGGGUUGCCUGUGACAGGUUCUUUGAAUUGGUUCCCAUUUACAGAGAUGCCUGCAAGUGCUGAUAGUUGUAAAACUUCUCUGGCUAUUAAACAGGCAUCUUAUAUGUUUGUGGGUGCUGCCAAGCACUUGUCACCUUCAGCAAAUUUGCAGUGUGUGUUCUGUACACUUGUAAGUGAACAAGGAGGGAUGUCUCAGUUGUUGGUAGUAGCUUUCUUGCUGUUAUGUCUACACAGCUGUGAUUCAAGCAGCUGUUUAGGGAUGAGUUUCAUGAGCAUGCUAGCUGUGUGGUUACAAAUUUAAUUUGGAAAGUGAUCCUAGCACAACUGCUAAUGUCUUUAGACUUCUUGAUUUAUUAGGGUUAACUCUGUCAUUGCUAGCAACUAGCAAGCAGAGCUAAAUAUGUUCUAGUAGCAGAAUGUGGCAAAAUAUAGUGUGGCUUCACAUUUGCAAAAAAAAGUUUCAAACUUCUCUUACUUAAUAUGCUACAGUAUUGUUAUAAGAGAUUUUUCUAACACAGGCUCUGGCUCUUGUACUCAGUAACGUGCUUCUCUGUUAAUUAAAGGCUUGUUUUAAUCAAAAUGACAUUGCCCACUAUUUUGAACCAAGGUCACACAGAUGCAUUUAAUCUCGGCAUCAAAUAUACAUCCAUGCAAAAAGAUCCCUGCCAUUCAAUGUAUAAAUAAGGCCCAUCAACAAAAAAAUAAUGCAACACUUUAAAUAUCUUCUCAGGAUAAAGUGGCCAAUGUUUGGUGCACCGUAAGUGUUUUUUUCAAAGUAAAGGCAGUGCUGUCAGCAGAAACUCAACUUAAACUAAGGUAAGUAAGAAUAGAAGUCCAUAGCAACUUUCAAGUCUGAAUUAUGUUACACUGUUGGUAGGAUCACAAGAUAGUAUUUUAAAACAAUGUAAUAAUAUUGCCCUCUCUAUGGUGGUUCCCACGUCUGUGGAAUGCCCUCCCCUUAUGGUUAUGAGUAGUGCCAACAUUGUUAUCAUUUCAAUGCCAGCUGAAGACUUAUAUCUGCCCAGGCAUUUUAAGUUUUGCAAGUUGAUUGCUAUUUAACUUGCUUUGUUUUUUCUAGCUGCUUUGAUGGUUUCUUUUACAAUUUAUUGUUUGUUUUAUGAUUUGGUUGGUUGGUGUUUAUUUCAUUUUGUGUUCUGUACCUUACUCUUGAAUCUGUAUUGAUGAAGGACAGGUUAUACAUAUUUUUAAAUAAUAAAUACAUUAAAUGUCAGAUUCUGGCACUGGUUCAGCCAUCUGCAUGGAAACAGAGUUGAUUUAAACAGUAGUGUCAUGUGGUUGUUUUCUGCUUGUUUAAUUUGUAAGUUUAAAAUUAGGAAAUUCAAAACAGGAACCUUAUUUGUUUUUUAGUGCAGGUAUGAAAAAAUCAGGUUUGAUCCAUAGUUUUAAGAAGGUGAAUCCAUUGUUACUGAGAUAGCAUUUUUAAUACAUUAUGUUAUGUUCAGCUUUGCCUUAACAUUCCUGACUGCACUUCCCAGUUGCAUAAAACUAACUCUGCAGCCUUCUAUCAAAGGAUUUAAAUAUGCUUUGGUAAGUGUUUAAUGAACUUUUUUUUUUUAAUUUAAUGUAAUGUUUGUAUGUUUUAUAAAAGAAACAAAUAUCUUUCUCCAUUCACACUCUGUUCAGUUUCAUAGAACAACAUAUAUAUGUACCAUAUGAUCUCUUCCAAUAGGAAACCAAAAACCUGGCCAUUCUGAGUAACCAUAGGUGCUGUAUCUCAGACCAGUCUGACUGCUCAUUAUUCUUGUUUGCGCACCAAAACAUGGUGCUCUAGAAACAGAUUAUGAAGUUGGAAUCAUCCAUACGUCAUAAGACUUAUUGCUUUCCUUCCCACAAAUACGUAUGUACAUAUGAACGCACACACAAUCAUAUAUAGGAUGAAAAUAUACCACAGAAUGGAAAUUAGGAUGAGGCGGCAAAAUAUGCACAGAAAUUGCUAUAUAGACCAUUUGGCCUAUGCAGGAAAUCUGGAGCAAUGUCACCCUGGCAGAUGACUGUCUGGCCUCUGCAUGAAUUCCUCUAGUGAGGGGAGCCCACUACUCUCAAGGUAAUUGGUGCUAUUGAGAAACUUCUGAAGUCUAUCCUCCCGUAAGUUAUGCUUAUUACACCCUUGUUCUGCCCUUUGGGACAGCAGAGAACAAAUUUGUUUAAAAGCUUAUGAUGCAAUUUAUCUGGUUCUAAAGACAUCUAGCUCACCUAAAGUAGCUAGGUAUUUCCUGACCAACUUGGAACCACAACUCCUAACCUCUCACCAUAGAUAUAAUUAUAGAAUUGUAGGGUUGGAAAAGGUUCCAAGGGUCAUCUAGUCCAGUGUUCCCCAACCUUGGGCCUUCAGCUGUUUUUGGACUACAAUUCCCAUCAUCCUUGACCACUGGUCUUGCUAGCGAGGGAUGAUGGGAGUUGUAGACCAAAAACAGCUGGAGGCCCAAGGUUGGGGAACACUGAUCUAGUCCAACCCCGUGCAAUGCAGGAAUCUCAGCUAGAUCAGACCUGAUGGAUGAUACAUGAUCAGUCAUGCUACUUGUGCAAGGUUGCACACUUAAAAGUUAUUUGGGCAGUGGAGUUCAUCUAUUCAUGUCACAUGGAUCGUCACAUAUUAAUCUAGAUUAAGGAGAACCAACUCCGCCUCCUGGGAAUGAGGAAGCCUAAUUAAAUAAACAUUUAUGUGGUAGCCUAAACAACUGCAAUCCCAUUAGCAGGCCUGUUGGUCCAAAUUGCCCAAAAAGACUCAUAAAUCAGAUGACUAAUAUUAUAGGCUUGGAGAAUAGCCACUGUAUUGUGAUGCUCAAGGUUCUUUUUUUACCUGUGCCUUAUGUUAAUAAUCUCUGAUAAACAGCCACCCUUGUCUCCGUUACUUAAUUUUUGAAGUUUAUCUGUCAUUGCAUGCUGAAGCUUUGCCUAAAUAGUCACACAGUACUUUUAAAAGGAUCAGUAAAGUUACUCCGCUGUGCUACUUUGUAUUUCUUAAAAGUUACUUAAAACACUCUUAACAGAACACAAUUAUAGCAGUCCUCCAGCAAUACGUAAGUGGUAUUCUUCAAAUUGCUGAAGGGAAGGGAACUGCCUUUAAUUUUUUAUUCUAUAAUUUUUCUUCAAAAUACUUUAAUCGUGCAAAAAAGCCGAGCUGGAUUUAAGGAAGUUUGACUGGUCCAGCAACACAGGGCACAGAGUCCUAUGUGUAUCACAUUCUACAAUAAUGUAGAAUGGAAGAUGGGGUGGGGGAUAAUUUUUUUGUGUUGCACAGGCUGCCGCUGAAAUUUGAGACCUCAAGUCUCAAAAAAGCCUUGUAUGGAUGAGUGUUCACUUCUUAUUUUGCUUUUUUUCCAGAUCAAUAUUACUUGUAAAAAAUAACAGUCAUUAUUGCAAUAACUUUAAAAAGGAACUGUGCUUUUCUCUCGAAUGUUGUUUUUAUACUGCAACUUAAAAAUAUUUCAUACACUUAGUUAUGGUAACAUACCCAUUUUAAAUGUACUUGAAAAUAAGGAAAAGUGGUCUUAAGCACAGUGACAUUUCAAGCAGAAUCCUGUGACCUGGCGCUCUCCAGAUAUUGUUGGGCUACAGCUCGCAUCAACCCUCACCAUUGGCAAUGGAAAUUGUAGUCCAAACAUCUGGAACACUAUGUUGGGAAAGCCUGCUUCUAUGGAUACAUGUAAGCUGUUCCUGAAUAGCAAAAGCAUCCUCUACACGUUCCUGUCGAUGGAAAUAUAAACAGUACUUGUUGCCUCUGUGUUAACACUUGUUACCUUUGUUUUUAACAGGUUAGCUGUGCAUUAUCCUUCUUCCUAUUCUCAUUCCAAGUGCAUGAAAAAUCUAUUCUUCUAGUUUCAAUGUAAGUUGCAUUUUCUGCUUUAAAAAUAUAUUGCAUCAUUAUCUGUUGAAAUGGGAAGUAAAUAAACAGCACAUCUGAUGAAGUGGAUCAUGGGAUCAGAUCUAGAAUCGGGCUCCAGCAUCUAUGCAAGGGUACAUCUUGAAUGUGCCGAAGCACAAGAGAAUUGGUUCAACUAAAUAACAUUAUUCCCUUUGCCCAGGGUGCAUGAAAGGGUAUUUAGUAUACCUGGCCAAAGGAGGUGCCUUCUAUGUCUUAUUUUUGAAAAGCUAAAUGUUUUAGAAUGCAUUGUUGUCUUCCAUCCUUUUUUAUUUUUACACCCAUCAUGUAAGAAGUAGACUUGGGAAGUAGGAAAAGUGUGGGGAGGUGGAAAAAGUGACAGCUCUAAAAUUGAUCCACAUGCUUCAGAGAUGGCUUUUGCCAAGUUCACAAGAUGCUGAACAUGCAUUGAAGUCACAUGCUCAGCAGGAACCGUAGAACCAGGUUCCUAUAUCACAGAAAUGUCAAAUCUGAGAUUUUGGGAUAUACUUGGGACUGAAGAGCAGUUUUUGCAUCUGUAAGUCUGUUUGCCCAGAAUGUUAAACCAUGGUGUAGUGCUACAUGCUUCAGCUGAAACGAAUCUGAGCAAGACUCAGGCUUGCACGCUACUCCUUUCCUCCUGCAUAGCUGGAAGGAUGUUUCUAGUAUUUACUUUCCGGCUUCUUUGGAAAGUGUCUCGUUUUAUCCAGACCGACAAACUGUAGUUAAACCAGCCAGCUUCAGAAACCAUGAUUUUAAAGCUGGCUUGUUUUGAAACUGAAAUGUUGUCAGUAUGUCUUUCAUUAUCUUCAUUAUCAAGCCCUUCAGUUAACUACUUUCAGAAACAGUGGUACCUUGGUUUGCAUACUUCUUGGUUUGCAUACAUUUUGGAUUACAAACACUUCUAACCUGGAAGUGCGUGUCCUGGUUUGCAACCUUUUUUUGCAUUACAACCCAUUUUUUUGGGAUUACAACCCAUUUUUUUGGGAUUACGAACAAAUUUUUUUGGGAGGCCGCAUUGGCGAAAGCGCCCCUUGGGUUACAACCUGUUUUAGUUUACAAACGGACCUCCAGAACAGAUUAUGGUUACAAUCCAAGGGUACCACUGUAUUUGCUUGCAUGGGUCUGUCAGAAUUGCUCUUAUUGACAAGGGAUGGGAUAUGGCUGAGUGAUAGAACACGUCCGCACGCAGUAUGUCCCUGGUUCAAUUUCUUGUUUUCUCCAGUUAGAGCUGGAAAAGGCUCCUGCCAGAAACGCUGGAGCCAGUCAGCACUGACAUUACUAAGCAAGAUGGGCCUCAUGGUCUGACUUGGUAUAAGGCAGCUUCCUGUGUUAAAAAUGAGUCAAGUAGUAGUAAGGAGUGGGACUUGCAAUAGAAUGUUGAAGUGUGGGGUGACAGUAUUGAAUAUGCCAGCCAGCCAAGCUUUCUUCCAUUUUCUAGGUUCACUAUAUUUUGCUUUGGUUCCUUUGCCAGUGCCUCAUCCCCUGACAUCCCACAUUCAGUAGCUACUGUGCAUACUCAGCUCUCCCCUUACAGUUUCCCCUACUAAAUAUUGCUAAUGCCUUUAUCUUGGUUUCUCAGUGGCCUUGUUUUGGUUACAGUUCUGGUGGCACUCACCAUUUGGAUUUUCUGUUGCUAUAUAUACAUGAUUGUAAGAAUAGUAAGUGGUGUUAACACUUCACUUACCCCCAUAGGAAGGUGCAUAAACAAUCUCCAUGUGCAAUUUAUUUUACUCUGUUGCCCUAAUGGGCUGCUUGGCCAUUAUUGUUAUGUAUUGUGUAUUAAUGUGCUUGUGGUCUGUAUUCUAAAUAAAUGCCCCUUACUCUUGUUUUGCGUCACUUUCGUUAAAACAAAAAAAUAAUGUAUGAUGUAGCAGCUCCGCUAUCAACUAAUUGAAAUGUUACCUUGACAAUGUUUAUGUAGGUUUUAUUUGCUUUUCCCCAUAGACCCGUCUGCUUAGUUAUACAUGAAAUUCCUUUUAUGUCUACAUGGUUUCUACUUGUUUCAACCUUCAGGUGAGUUUGAAUAUUAGUAUUUCUAAAUAAUUCUAACUUGAGUUUAUUGAGAACUUCCCACACCCUUAUAUAUUGUUGGGCAAAUAACCAUGAUAGGGCAUGAACUAACUUGUCUCUUUCUCCACAGCAUGCUCCCCCUUCUCCUGAAGGAUGGCCUGCUCCUGCCAUAUAUUGUGACAACACUGGCCUUUCUCACAGUGUGUGCAACUUCUUUUUCAAUAUUUGAAAAUACUUCUGAGGACGAUAUGCAGCUAAAACUUUUCCCCACUUCCAUUAGACGAUGCAUUCCAUGGUUCAGAACAUUCUCAAAGGUUAUUAGGAGUUCAGUAAGUAACUCUUACAAAAACCUUGUCUUUUAUCCACUGAUUUGUCUAAGGGGUAGAUGCUUUCCUUUUGUUUAUGCGUUUUAAACAUAAGCUACUGUAUAGCUGCCAAGGUCCCCAGUCACACCACUGCCAUGAUUCCCACCGUGUGCAGAUGCUGCUGGUGAAGAAAAUUGCUGGAACAUUUUAAGCAGUUAUCUGGGGCAGCAUCUGACACUUUUAGUGUGGCAUGAAGAAGCUGCAGCAUGCCUUGGCUGGCACUUAACAAAACAACCCUGCAGUUUGGCCAUUAUGUACAAACCAACCAACUGUGGUUAACAUUGAAACAAGCAUCAAGAAAAGAGGAGAGGGAAGGAUAUGAGUAGAAAGUUUGAUCCAGCUCAUUUGGGCUUGUUCACCUCACACUAAACCAUGGUUAGAUUCGGCAUCCUAAUAUGGCUGACGUGACCAUGUUUGCAUCAACCCUGGCAAUUGGUACAUAAGAUGUCAUGUUAGAGACACAUUGUAUUUUCUGAAAUAUCUUCCAUAAGGAUGAUGAAAACAGAGCACCUAAGCAAUGAAACGACUUAUUGGACAUUGUAAAUCAGUGAUAACCAGUGUACCUUUUCUCUCUCCUUUCAGUUCCUUGUCUCAAUAACUCUGAUGGGCAUCCUGACUUUAAUGAGUGCUACAUUGGAUCCUCCACAAAGGCUACCAGAUUUAUUUCCUCUAGCUGUCUCUGCUGUAUCCUGCUUGCACUUUCUAUUCUUCUUGCUAUAUUUUAAUGUCAUUGCAAUAUGGGAAUCAAGAGAUAGCCGAAAUCAGAAAAAAACCAAUUAG